AUGCUGCCGUCGAAAUCCUCCCUCGCAGCCCUGCUGCUGGCUGCCGGCACCGCCCAGGCUCAGUACCUCAUCAACGAAUUGAGCUUCGGCUACGAUGGAAAAAUGAGCCCGAACAACGACGGCAAGAUUCCCAACUUUUACACGCAAGGAUCACCAAACCCUCCCGAGAUUCUCUCUAAUCGAGUGGUUCUUACUCCCGUGGCUCCGGGAAACCAACGUAGCGCGAUAUGGGCUGAGAACCCCAUGAACUACGAUACCUGGGUGGCUGACGUCGACUUCCGAUCGAGCGGUCCCGAGAGGGGUGGCGGUAACCUCAAUAUCUGGCUAGCGAACCGCGGGCCCAGCGACAUCGCUCAGAGCAGCGUCUAUACCGUCCAGCGUUUCGAAGGUCUUGCCGUUGUCAUUGAUAACUAUGGCGGCACCGGCGGCAUGCUCCGUGCCUUCCUCAACGACGGAAGCAUCGACUUUACUACCAAGACAGUGCUUGACAGUCUCGUCUUUGGCCAGUGCUACUACUCAUACCGCAACCUUGGCCGCCCCUCUCAGAUCAAGAUGCGACAGGAGCCGGAUACAGAUCCCUUCGGGCUACAAGUGGGGUAUCACGGCCGCCUCCCCGACAACCCAGACUCUUUUGAGAUUUUCAAGAUGGUGGUCAUGUCUGACAAGAUGGGCAAUGCCGGAAACGCGGCCUCUUCCGACUCCAAGCCCAAGCCCAAGUCGCCGCCCAAGAAGGCGCCCGUCAAGAAGGCCCCUCCCAAGAAGAAGGCUGUCGAGAAGAAGGAGGAAGAGGCCGCCGACGAUGCCGAUCCCGCCAAUUUCUUCCAGCGCGAUGGCGAAGAUAGCGGUAGCGACGACGGCCUGAUCCCGGAUGACCCUCUAGAUGCCGCGGCUGACGUCGACAUCCUCCAAAUUUCGCGCUCGCAGUUUCAGGAUGUGAAUGAGCGCGUGCAGAGCCUGGGACGCCACAUCACCACCAUGUACCGCACGCUCACUAAACAGACCCAAACCGGCGACGACCGCCACGCCGAGAUUGCCCGACUCAUCGGAGAUCUCCGCAGUGAGAUGCGCCGCCUCGAGGGUAUCGAUGAGUUGCAGAAGAAGAUUGGCGUCCUCGAGCGGGAUGUCAAGGCUCUCCGUGGUGACCUCACCAACAAGUUCCGUGCGACCGAGAGCAACUUCAAGUCCACUCUUGCCGACCACCACGACAACAUUGUCUCGGCCCACCCCAAGCUCUGGAAGAUUAUCGGCAUCUUCAUCGUCUGCCAGACUAUCGUCACUGGCAUGUAUAUCGCCUACAAGAAGAAGCAGCGAAACAGCGUGAAGAAGUACAUAUAA